AUGGGCUGGUUUCCUUCAAUAUUCGGGUCGGACAAGCCGUCCGAUCCCCUAGGCAAACUCGACCCCAAGCUUCGCGAAUUCCUCGAGAAAGAAGCACCAGUAAAAUAUACCCCGAACCAGGCGGCCACCUCACCAGCCGCACCUCAACCUGCAUCCCAGCAACAAGCACGAGAAACACAGUCGUCAGUCACGGCAGGAACCGCACCCGAUGCAUCAGCCGUACCAUCACAGAGUUUAUACCAAGAUGGCCGAUACGCGCAUCUGUGGAAGAACUACCGCCCGUUAGCGCAAAUCGAAUCCGAAUCGGCGACCGACCACGACAAACUCAUGGACGUGCUAGAAGGAUUCAAGGAGCGCAAAGCCGCAGUUGGCAGAGCCGCCUUGGAAAACUGCGCCAUCCAGCAGGAGGAGUGGGUGAAUUGCAUGAAGAACGGCAGUUGGGAGGAUCAACUACAAAUGUGUAGACACCAAGUGAGACGGUUCGAGAGAUGCUACACCCUACAAUCACGGUUCCUCAGAGCCCUGGGAUACGGCUCAGUGACUGGUCGACCGGCCCAAAUCGACGAGGACAUCCAAAUGCACGCCGACACACUAUACGACCGAAUGCUCACGCACGAAACGGCCGUCGAACAAGCCAAGAAGGAUGGUACACCGAUUCCCAUAUUCGAUCCGUCUUUGCCAAAGGCGAGUGCGCCAAAGGUUGUUCCGACCCAAGAACUCGAGAAGACGUGGAAGGAAAAGUUGGACAAGCUACCGGAAGAUGAGAGAGCGAUGGAAGAAGCUGCGUUGAGGGCGGAUUUGCAGGCCAAAUCUGACGUGGCCAAGAAUGUGAAGCAAAUAUGGGCAACCCAGAAGGAGGAGAGGGAGGCUAGAAAGGCGGGUGGACAAGCUACGUUUGGGGAUGUGAUGUCUGCUAUCUUCGGAAGAGGCGGCGGAGAUAAAUAG